CCAACUUCGAGCUCUAACACCGCCUCCGGUUUUCUGCUUCAACCCGCGUCUCCUGCAUCGUUACGUCUUUCGCCGCUCAGGUUAAGUCCUUGUAUCUCCAGCGGCGUUGUAUCUCGGCCUAGAGCCACCGCUCUCACCUGUUGUUUCUGCAGGGCAUGAUUGCAUUAUUCCAUUAGUUUCUGCCCAUCCAUCCGACACAGCAUGCUUCGCCGCGCUGUCUUGCCUUUGACGAGACCGAGCGCUCUCGUCUCCGCUCCUCGCCUAUCCGCACUCCCUGUCACACAUUCGCGAUGGUACGCGAAGAAUACUAAGCCGAAGACUCCUUACAAGCUGCCCAAUUCUGUCAAGUCAUCGAAGGCUGAACAACCUGCCAAGGCUGAGCAGCAAGAACAAUAUGCCGCGGAGCAGGCGGAAUUCCAGACGGAAGCAGACCCUCAAGCCAACACCGCGAACACUACAUCACAAGCUUCUGAUUCGUCUGAACCCUCCCCGACACAACCUGAACAAAAUGCACACCAGAAACCGCUCCCCGAUCUCACGCAAGGUAUUCCGUCCACUCUUGCUGCAGAAUUGGAGAAUCGCACCAAGGGUCGCAGCGGAGGAUCAUUGAACCUCACCGAAGAUCCCUCCCGAUUCGAAGAAGAAUACACCGACGAUGGCGGUCGUGGGGACAUCCCCAAGAGCGGCUAUGAAUCGUCCCUUGACCGCAAGCGCGCCCGCAUGGCCAACUUGAUGUACGCUCUUUUCUUACUGGGAAGUGUUGGUGGCGUGGCUUAUUUCGGACGAAACUGGGAUACGGUCGAGGAGGAGAAUGCUCACCCCGAUACUCCGUCCGGCUGGGGCUUCGGACUCUGGUACAACCGUAUCAAGGCUCGAAUGGGUGACUUCACGAGCUAUUACAAGGAUCCCGCUUUCCCGAAAUUGCUCCCUGAUGAAGAUCCCAACCUUCGCCAACCGUAUACGCUCGUCCUGAGUAUGGAGGACUUGCUUGUACACAGCGAAUGGAGCCGUGAGCACGGAUGGCGUGUUGCCAAGCGACCUGGAGUCGACUACUUCCUUCGCUAUCUCAACCAGUACUACGAACUCGUCCUCUUCACCAGUGUGCCUAGCAUGAUGGCAGAUCAGGUGCUCCGCAAGCUCGACCCCUACCGCAUCAUCCGUUGGCCAUUGUUCAGGGAAGCCACCAGAUAUAAGGACGGAGAAUACAUCAAGGAUCUUUCGUACCUUAACCGUGAUCUCUCCAAGGUUAUCUUGAUUGAUACCAAGGAUGAACAUGCCCGUUUGCAGCCAGAGAACGCCGUUAUUCUCGACAAAUGGAAUGGAAACCCCAAGGACAAGACUCUCGUGGCACUAAUCCCCUUCCUUGAAUACCUCGCGGGUAUGGGUGUGGAAGAUGUGCGCCCUAUUCUCAAGUCUUUCGAAGGCCAACCGAUCCCUGUUGAGUUCGCAAAGCGUGAGAAGGCCAUGCGCGAGCGAUUCGAGAAGGAGCUUGCAGAGGAGCAGAAGAAGCGUCCCAGAAGCGGCGUUGGCAGCUUAGCUUCAGCUCUUGGUUUGAAGUCAUCCACACGCACUAUGGACGGUGAACAGUCACCAUCUCAGGGCCUGCAGGAAGGCAAGAUGCUCUGGGACCAGAUCCGCGAGCGUGGCCAGAAGAACUACGAGAUGAUCGAGAGGGAGAUCCGAGAAAACGGAGAGAAGUGGCUGGCCGAGAUGGCUGCCGAGGAGGAGAAGCUCCGUCAGGAACAGAUGGACAGCAUGAAGGGCUCUUUGACCGGUUUCCUCGGUGGCCCCAAGAAGGAGUAAAUUCCACCUCUUGAGGGAAGUAUAUAGUACUUGCUAUAUAGAGGACAGGGAAAAGUGCCCGUUGUCAUGCGUCUCUUUUUUCUCUCCCCUCCGAUUCUUUCUAAUGCGUUCCUAAGAUGCUUUUGCGGUUUUCGUUCUCGGGUGGGGUGUAUUAAAUAGAGGGUUUUUCUUCUUGGCUACCAACUACUUGAGCAUCAAGGGUGACUGUAAAAUAGCAUGUUAAUGUUGAUUAAUGUUGUAUAAAUUGAAUAUUACUUUUAAUAGAGCUUCCUUCUCUC